AUGAAUCCCCCUCUGCUGAGCUGCCUGGUGUUUUCCGUCUUCUUCGUGGCGGUCGAGUCGACCAAGAUCCUCCAUGUGUGGCUCAACGCGGGCGACUUUCCGCUCGUCUUCUUCCUCCUCUGCCUGCCGGCCUUUUUCCUGACCGACGUGGUGCUGCUGACGGGCGUGUUUCUGCUGCUGCGGCGCAAGAUUGGCCUGCUGUCGCUCGUGGGCCGGAUCGUGGCGUGCGUGAUCAGCCUCAUCACGUUUGGCGCCGCGUCCUCGUUCUGGAGCUUCUGGUGGAAGACGGGCGGCGAGAUUGAGUGGGCCGACGUCAAGUCGUUUGCCUCGGACGCCGAGGGCAAAAAGGUGCUGCUGAGCGAGAGCUGCACCGCGCUGGCGUUUGCGAGCGCCAUCCUGCUCGUCGCCUGGUUCGCCAAGGGCUACGUCUACGCCUUUGCCGCGGCGUUUGUGUCGGGGGCCGAGGCCCACGUCUCUGCUGGCCUGCGAUGCAUCGCCCGAACGACCGGCGUCGGCAAGCACCUGCUCAAGGCGCCCGCCGAGCCCCUCCUCCCGAAGCAGGAGCAGGAUUUCGACUCCGACUUUGAGGACGAGAAGCCGACGUCGAUGCUGGAGCCCGACGAGGGCACGCCGCGCCGGUGCCGCGCCGCCCACGUCGCCCCCUGGAUCGUCGGGACGGCGGCGCUCGUCCUCUUCGUCUCGCUCGCGACCUUCCUCGACCCCGACCGCCCCUACAGCCGCAUGCUGGAGACGCUGCCGCUGCCGAUGGCGGGCAUCUUCAUGGGCAAGUCGGUCCACUGCGUCGACGGCACCUGGCCGCUGCCGGCCCUCAUCGCCAAGUCGCGCUGGGAGCUGCCCCGCGGCGACUUCAAGGGCUGGGCCCCCGGCACCGACAGCGCGCUCGCCAAGAAGUACGCCGAGAGGGUCCCGUCGUGGAUGCCGGACCCGGUCCCCCACGGCUUCUUCCGGUGGGAUCCGGCGCUCAGGGCGCAGGGCGACGCGUCGAAGCAGGCCCGGUUCCUCAACGUGUCCGCGCCGGCGCCGGCGCCCGCCUCCAACGACAAGUGCCCCGACAGCUCGACGGCCGACGACAGAUGGUACAACCCCGUCAACGACCCGCUCAAAAUCUCCAACCUCGGCGAGGACGUGCUGCCGGCGCUGGCGAGCGCGCUGGGCGGCAUCAACAUCAAGCACAUUGCGCUGUUCCAGAUGGAGAGCUCGCGCGAGGAGCUGUUUCCCAUCCAGCAGGGCUCGGGCAUCCACCAGAUCAUCCUGGACUCGCACGACGCCAAGAAGCGCGACGAGAUCAACGCGCUGCUGUCGCAGCUGACGCCCAACGCGGAAAAGAUCAGCGGCAAGCCGGGCAACUUCAAGGGCGCCGACGGCAAGGCGUACCCGCGGGCGGCGGCGCCGGUGUGGAACGACACGACGCGGCCGGGCUACGGCGGCAUCACCGUCAUCGGCGGGCACACGCCCAGCAGCGCGUCGACCAAGAGCAUGGCGGCCAGCCACUGCGGCGUGUGGCCCAUGUCCGUCACCAUGUUUGAGGAGUCGGAGACGGACAGCUACCAGCCGUGCAUCCCGCAGAUCCUCAACCUCUUCAACCAGCUCAAGGCCAACGGCACGGGCGCCAACGGCACCGACUUUCUCGAGCACGAGUGGAACUCGGCGUUCUUCAUGUCCAUUACCGACUCGUACGACCGGCAGCACGAGUUCGAGAAGAAGAUUGGCUUCGACCCCAUCAUCGAAAAGGAGGUCAUGGACCAGGACGCGGCCAAGGACCCGACGCUCGAGGAAAUCAACUACUUUGGGUACCCGGAGACGGCGCUCAAGUCGCACCUGCGCGACCACAUCACCAACGCGACGGCGGGCAACAAGCGCAUGUUCCUGUCGCACUUUACCAGCACGACGCACCACGCGUGGGGGGUGCCCGAGUGGUUCAAGACGGUCGACUACAUGCCGGACAAGAGCAAGCACAAGGACUUCAACAAGUACCUCAACGCGGUGCGGUUCGACGACAUGUGGAUGGGCAUGGUGAUGCAGCUCUUCGACGACCUGGGCAUCGCCAACGAGACGCUGGCCGUGUUCGUGGGCGACCACGGGCAGGCGUUCAAGGAGGACUGGCACAAGACGGGCACGUACGCCAACGGGCACGUCAGCAACUUUCGCGUGCCCAUCAUCUUGCGGCACCCGCAGCUGCCGCGCGUGCACUACGAGCACAACGCCACGUCCGUGUCCAUCAUCCCGACGAUGCUGGACCUGCUCAUCAGCACGGGCUCGCUCAACAAGCUGGACACGACGGCGGCGUCGGACCUGGUGCAGGACUACGAGGGCCAGUCGCUGAUGCGGCCGUACAAGACGGUGCACCACGGGCGGCGCGCGUGGAACUUUGGCGUCGUCAACCCGGGCGGGCGGUUCCUGGCCAUGACGUCGGCCGACGUGCCGUGGCGGCUGGUGAUUCCGCAGGGCGACGAGCAGUCGGAGCUGGUGUUUACGGACCUGCAGGACGACCCGCUGGAGCUGCACCGCACGACGGCCUGGGCCGUGGCCGGGCUGCAGCGAAAGAUUCGCGCCAGCUACGGCGAGGAGGCGGCGACGUGGGUUGGCGAGGCCGAGGCCGUGGCCCAGUGGUGGGCCGAGUCGCGCAAGCGGCUGUGGCACUACGAGGAGUAA